AUGGCCAUUCCGCUGCAGCAGAGAGGAGAGACAAACGUGGAUGCAGAAGACGAGCUGGAUCACGAUAAAGAAGAACUUGCAGAAACGAAGCCACGUGUCAGAAGAUAUCUCACGAGACACAUGAAAUUAUAUCCGGAAUUAUACAGAAGCGAUGUUUCAAUACACCCAAGUUACACCACUCUUAAGAUUCUGCCUUAUAACGUGGUCUGCCGGCGACGCCUGCAGAGGAUCAGGAAGCAGAUCAGGCGCCAGCUGAACCGCGACAUCAUGCACUUCGCGAUGAUGCGGAUGUUCGCCAUCGAUAGCGUCAAGGUCGACCGCGUGUUCAGCGUCGGGAUGCCACCGAAGACAUUGAUUGUCCCGGAUUUGCUAACCGUGAACGAGAGACGUCACAUCAACGAGCUUCUUCGUCACACGUAA